UUCAAAAGCACGUCGCUCCUUCUCGCUCAGACUUGUAGCUGUUUGGUCUGACAGAAGACGUUAUAAUUCCUGCCAACUGUAUCUGUUUUUUUGAGGAUGAGUUCUGUUGAAGUGAAUGAUGAGAAUCGUGGGGUCUGCCCCGGAGGAAAACUCAACAGCUCAAGUAACGACAUAUUUGCCCUGGAUCAGCCAACUGGGAGGCCCUCCAUCCUGCGUCAGACAGAGAACCUGCCCAACAAGACUGUGCAAAAGGGGAUAAAGGUUUGUUUUCAGACUCCAAGAAGAGACCCUGUGACUAAGAGAAUUCUAUCUCCAUCCAAGUCUGUCAAGAUGACCAGCGUGGAUGAGUGUACAAAAGCAAUGGAAUCCUUAAAUAUUGAUAAAACAAAUGCUUUGCCACAAGAGACCACUGAGCAUCCUGAUGAGCCCAAACAAGAAGUGUCGUCUUAUCCUGACGACGAAAUACCAAUACUAAGCAAAGGAGGUUAUCAGCUGGAUUUUGACAACCUCGAUGCGAUCGAUCCAUUUCAGGGGUCCAAUAAGAUGGUCCUCUCUCCACCGAGGCCUGCUGUUGAAAACCUUCCUACAGAUCAAACUGAGUCUCAAAACACAAAACCAGAGAAUACCUUGGAGGAGCCCACCAAGAUGGAAUCGGCACUAGAUGAGACACUUCCAUUCAUCCCGUCUGUGGAAAAUUCACUGGUUAACAUCUCCGCCAACAUCAGCUCCACGGACAGCAGUGUGAUCACAAUGGCAAACGUCCCAACAGUUGAGGAUCAAGAUUCGUGUACUGCCAUGCCUGAUGAAGAACAAUCUGCUAAAACGUCUCUGAGUGUCGAUCAAGACAAAGCAUCAGGCAGCUUUGUGGAAGAUGCCCCACUGCCAGCAAAAGGUUCAUAUAACUUGGAUUUUGACAACAUGGAUGCAAUUAAUCCUUUCCAAACAGGUGGCUCUAAAAUCCAGAAUUCCCCUGUCCUUGGGAAGAAGUUGCCAGACAGUAACCCGCCUGUUGAGGAGCCACAGAUAAUGGAAAAUAAACCUGCAGAUAUAGUUGAUAUUCCGGACACGUCACAAAAUUUGCCUAUUCAGCCAGAAAUAAAACCCAUAGAUGCAGUUAUCCCAAUAUCCACUAAUACAGCCAAUCCUCCACCUGCUGAAUCCCAGCCAGCCGUUGCCCCAGUUGAGGAAGGCCCAAUCAAACUAGAGUUCAAUUUCGACGAUGGCAAAGAGGUUAAACGGAAACCGCCACCCAAGAAAUUUGGCAAAAGGCCACAUGGUGCAAAAUCUAAAGAGGGAAAGCCGGCGUCUGAUGACAAACCACCAAAAGAAACUUCAGUAAAGCCCGAUGCCAAUGAUGUCGCUGACAUUCCAGUUCCCAAAGGCUCUUACUCAUUUGACUUUGAUAAAUUUGACGACCCAAACUUCAAUCCCUUUGGCACACAAACAAACAUGAACAACUCUCCAAAGUGCAGCAAGAAAUCUGACCCUGUGCUUAUGGAAACUGCCAUUCCAGAGCAAACAGAGAAGCCAGAGGAGAAGGAAGCUGUAUCAUCAGCAUGUGCUAGAGAGAGUGUCCCAGCUGCUGAGCCCAACCCUGCAGUGACUGCUGCCUCUGACCACGAAGAGAGAAGCGUGCAGAGCCUUCCUGAGCUUUCUGAACUGCAUCAACCUGAGCAGAAGUCAGAGCCGCCGAUGUUAGACUUCAAUGACGAGUUUGUUCCUGGAACGAUGUUCAUGGCCAAUGAUUUUGAUGGACAAAUCGACUACCUGGAACAGUUUGGGUCCAGCAGUUUCAAGGAAUCUGCACUGAGGAAACAAUCCUUGUACCUUAAAUUUGACCCCCUUCUGAGAGAGAGCCCAAAGAAGUCUGCAGGCCCGUCGGCUCAAACCCACAUCCCUCAUCCUGCUGACUUUGUUUCACGACUUGAAACUUCACAGAAGGCACUAAAAGAGGCAACACCUGGACCACAGAAGGGCGAUUUCAAACUGUUUGAUGAUGCUACAGCACCAACUCCUCCAAUCCUCGAGUGCCUCAUCCCUCCUUUCACACAGCCAGCAAACACAGAGGAUGCCAUUAUUGAAGUGCUGAAGUACAGUCAGAAAGACAUGGAUGCAGCCAUUGCCAAAGUCCAAGCAGAAGCAAAGCAAAAAGAAGAGCAAUGGAAUGCAAAGUAUAACAGGCUACUUGACGAUGGUCAGGAAAUGAGGAAAAUAAUCGCAGAAUUUGAGCUUGUGAUUGCAAAAAUGAUGGCUGACGAAGAGAAGGAGAGAGAGGAGGCCCAGGCAAAGCUCAACGAGGUUCUGCUGGAGAAGGAUCAAACCUCCAGUGACCUGAGCGCCAUGGAGAGAUCUUUCUCUGAGCUCUUCAAGAGACUGGAGAAGUACAAGGACAUUAUUGAGGGUUACAAAAAGAAUGAGGGGACUCUGAAAGCUUGUGCUCAGGACUACCUGGCAAGGAUCAAAAAGGAGGAGCAGCGCUACCAGACCCUUAAAGCUCACGCUGAGGAGAAAAUUGGCCAUGCAAAUGAAGAAAUUGCUGAGGUACGGUCCAAGUACAAGGCCGAGGUAUCAGCUCUACAAGCCCAGCUGCGUCGAGAGCAGCUGAAGGUGCAGUCAUUAGAGAAGAGUCUGGACCAGAAGGAGAAGGAGGCUGAAGAGCUGACCAAACUUUGUGAUGAACUCAUCACCAAAGUUCAGAAGGGUUGAGCCUGCUUGUAAAUACUUUGUCUUAAGUACUUCUUUCUGUUUUUCUUUCUCACUUUGAGAUCUUUCUUGUGCAGUAAUUUUUUUCUUGUGUCUGUUUUUGUCAAUGUUCUUAGAAUACUGUAAAAAAGUUAAUAAAGAUGAUU